GACCUCAUAACUGCACCCGCUCAAAUGUUGUAUCCACCGUCCGUGCAUGAUUUCAGCACGAUCUCCCUCAGAGUGUCUAGACGCUACUAUCUCGCCACCAGUUUCUUCUAGGAUAAGGUUUCAGCAUGUUUCCGUCAAAUUGGAGACCUACCCUCUCAGCCCUGCGACACACACAUUCUUCUUUCGAUCCUCAUCAUGCGCUACCACAAGAACAGAGACAAUAUUGAUAAAGGGAUGAUGAUGCAAAGAGGACGGAUGGCAGGACCAGGCUAGGGUUUCUAUAGAUGCAAUUCCCUCUAUUGUGCAAUUCCCCAAUUUGGCAGGAUCAGGCUAGGGUUUUGCUCAAAUGUUUUGCCUCUUUAGUAAGACUCACUAGAAGGCUGUGGCUCAUAACUGCCUUUGAUUUAGUCCUAAUCUUAUCAUAAGGUAAAAUAUUUCCAUUACACUUUUUCUCUGUUGAAUUUUUGAACUACAUACUAGAAAAUUUUAGGUUCAGUUUUGUGUCGAAUUCUUUAAUUUUUCCAUAAAUAAUGUAGGAGGAUGUAGCUACCCUUUAUUCUGAUGCAAUCUCUUCCCCAUUCAAAACUCAUAUACAUGGAAGGUGUCGACUUACACUUUUGAAAUAUAUCAAACCGAGACUAGAAAAAGGCUUCACAAGUUAUUGAAUGCUUUUGGGAUUUACGUUUGAGAUAUUUCUUUUUUGCAAACUUGGUUUUAUCUGUGCAGAUAUUUGCAAUAUGAAGGGUGGUGAGUUUAUCUAGCUAACUUAUUUGAACUCACUUAAGGCAAUAUUUCUAUUCUGACUUUUUUACAAAAUAUGAAAAGAUUAAUCUAUUAUAAAUUUAAGGAUAUAGGCAGCUAACUUAUUUAAUGUACAGAAAAAUUGAACUCACUAUUUAAUUCUGAUAUCUCUAUUUACAAUAGCAGCAGGAAUAUAUUCCCGCUCAAAUGUCUGGACGGACGGUUGCAUCUUUUGGGUCGGGUCAAGUAAAACAGGCUUCAGCAACCUCCCCACUACUUCACUACCCACGCACAUCACAUCUGUCUAAAAAAAAUUACUUCGUUGAAUCCCUAAUGGACGACGGCAGAUCCCUUCGCACAAAAAAUCGAUAUAUAUCGAUAUAUUACACAUGGAGAAACAUGCGCAAAAAAGAAUGAAUGCUCUUCGUAAGUUAUGGUCGACUUACACUCCAGCAUUCUUUGCCCAUGAUACGUUCGAGAGGAAUGACAAGAUCUCAUCUUCUUCCAUCUUACAAAGGGGCAUGCACAAGAGUUUCAGAAUCUUCAAUGGUGAGAAAUCUUACUUUUAGCAUAGGAUUUUUGUGUCUCUGUUCUGAUUCAGUGGUUUGUUGAAGAAUUUGUAGAACCCAAAACAAUUUCAGUUUGAUUUUUAGGUUAAUUUUAGAUCCAAAGUGAGAUCUAAGUUUAUUUAUAAAAAAAAUCUAAUGACGAAGUUGAUUUUUCCUAUCGUCUUCCUCAGUUUUUAGCUUUCAUUCGUGUUCAAAUUUUAGUGUCCAUUUUAUUUAUAAAUUUUAUGAAUACAAUUUUACCAAAAACUAAAAUAUUGGUAGGAUGGCAUAAGAGUGGAAAAAAGGAGUCAUGUUCUUCAUUUUUAAAAUAAUAGUUUUCUUUUGACAAGCUAAACAAAAUUAUUUUAACUCAUUAUACUUUUACAUUAUUUUUAGUUAUUCAUUAAGACCAGAGAAAUGACAUUUUUUCUGACAUAAUCAAAUUAUUUUACUUCAUUACACUUUUUCAUUAUUGUCUGUUAUUCAUUAUGAUGGAGACUAAGGAUACAAACGACUCUGGUGGUUGGACUUUUGUGUUGGGAACAAUCUUGCCGAUGAUGCUGAUUGGCUGCAAUAUAUAUGUUUGUGUCAAUUCCUAUUCAGGUAGUACUAUUGCUCUUAAGUAACCGGUUGUGCAAUUAUUUUUAGAGUUUCAUCCCAUAUAAGUUUUCUGCUAUAAUUCUAAUGGCUUUUAGUCUGUUUGAGUUUGAUUAAUUCUACUACUAGGCUAUUGAAUAAUGGACAAAUGGUAACUUGAGGUUUUUAACAUCUUUUUGCGCUUAAUUUGAUUAACAUUUAACACCCCUUAUAUUCUAAAUUUUAGUUUUGAGGUCUUGAAUUUUGGUUCCACUUCUCUCAUUGUAAGUUCCUAUUAAAAAAAUAUAUGUUCUUAGUGAUGGUUGUGCUGAAAUUUUCUUUGUGGUUUUAUCCAACUUACAAUUUACUUUGGAAAAUAACAAUCCCUUUUUACAAAAAAUUGGUUCACUGACCGUCAAGGUUUCUUAUCUUGGUUUAGCUCUCCGUGAUAAUUUGCUACUUCUAGGCUAAAGUAUGCAUAACAUGGUUUGGUUUAUUUUUUUGAUUAACAUAAACAUGUGACAAUUGGGUUCCUUAGUACUGCUUUAUUGUUUUCCAACAUGACAACAUGUUCUCAAAUUUUGGAUAUUCUCCUUAAACUCAAUUAGCAUUUCAAAGUAAAGUAUUCAUCGGAAAUUUUGAUUAUUCAUCUGGUAUUGUUGUGUGUGACCGUGAUUGCCGCAUUUAUAAAUAAUCUCUUAAUCUGAUUGUAAGAAUUAUAUGAGUAGUCCUUAGCUUUUUUGAGUUGUUUAAAGAAGCAUCAGACCUUGAUCCUAUUUUGAUAGGCUUGGCAAUGGAUUGACAUUGUUGCAUCCGCACGAAAGUAAAUAGGACUAAAUGAGCUUAAAUCCUCUUGAUGUUAUACGUGGUAAAUCAGGGAUGACUUUUCUCUACAAACUAGGUCUUCUUUCUUUUCUAGGGUAUGGGUGGGGAUCUAGAGGUUUUGGUAUUGAACCCAAGAGUUUCACAUGUGUGCAGGAACAUGGUACAUGGUAGUAGCCUUGAGAAUGGGGAGCAUGAAUUCGGUAUGCCUUUACUCUUAGUUUUGCUUUAUGUUUAUGAUGGAAUUUUUUUGACGCUAACUAGCUGGAUGAAUCCCAAUUUUGGUAGAAAUUUUAUGAAUUUGAUUUGAUGUUAAGGUAAGGAAGAUAAUCAUGUAAAUAUACGAUUACAAUUGAUGAAAGGCGAACAUAUGAAAUAGUUCAUGUCAAAAGUUCAAGAGUUGCAUUGCAAUAUAUUAUGGGUAAAGACUUGAUAGUAAUCAAUCAAUACUUUAGAGGUGGCAUUUGGGUGAAAUUUAUUUUCUUGGUUGUACAUAAUUUGUUUUUCUAAAGACAGCCUAAUUUCU